CGUAAACUUCUGUGGGAUCUGGAAGCUCUCUUUCUCUCUUCUUCCUUCUUCCUUCUUCCUCUGCUUUGUUUUUUUUUUUUUCAAACGUCUUUCGUUUUCCCGUUGCAGCUUUUUUGUUGUUGAUCACCGACUCUUCUCUUUGAGAUGGAGGUGCAUAGUUUGUUAAGCUUUGAUUUGGAUCCUGGCCCUGUUGAUCAAUCUGUGUUGGUGUGGCAACAUGAGCAUAGAUCAGCUGCCAUUUGGGAAGAUGAGGUUCCUCCUCGUGAACUGACAUGCCGGCACAAGUUACUGGGCAUGCGAGAUUGGCCUCUGGAGCCUCUUGUGUGUCGGAACUUGAUCGAGUUUGGUCUCUAUGGAGUCUACAAGGUUGCCUUUAUACAGCUUGAUUAUGCUCUGAUAACAGCUCUGGUGGAGAGAUGGAGGCCUGAGACGCAUACUUUCCAUCUUCCCGCUGGAGAGACCACUGUGACUUUACAAGACGUGAAUGUACUGUUGGGUCUCCGUGUGGAUGGACCUGCGGUAACUGGUACGACGAAGUACAACUGGGCUGAUUUGUGUGAGGACCUGCUAGGUCUAAGACCUGGUCCUGGAGAUCUACAUGGUUCUCAUGUCUCCUUGUCUUGGCUGCGUGAUAAUUUCCGGAAUCUACCUGCUGAUCCUGACGAAGAAACGUUGAAGUGUUACACUAGGGCUUUUGUGUUAGCUUUGAUGAGUGGGUUUCUUUACGGGGAUAAGUCUAAGCAUGACGUGGCUUUGACGUUUCUCCCUCUGCUAAGGGACUUUGAUGAAGUAGCUCAACUUAGCUGGGGUAGUGCUACGCUAGCACUUCUCUACAGAGAGUUGUGUCGGGCAAGUAAAAGGACUGUUUCCACCAUUUGUGGUCCUCUUGUUCUGCUUCAGUUAUGGGCAUGGGAACGACUGCAUGUUGGUCGUCCAGGAAGACUUAAAGAUGUCGGUGCUUCGUAUAUGGAUGGCAUAGAUGGUGCUUUACCAGAUCCGUUAGGGUGUAGGUGGAGAGCUUCGCUGAGUCAUAAAGAGAAUCCUCGUGGAGGACUUGAUUUUUACAGGGACCAAUUUGACCAGCAGAAAGAUGAGCAGGUGACGUGGCAGCCAUACACUCAAGAUCUUCUAGCAAAGCUUCCUCUUAUAUGUCUUAGUGGUCAGAACGUAUGGCGAACCGUCGCACCCUUAAUUUGUUUCGAUGUUGUUGAGUGGCAUCGUCCUGAUCGGGUGCUUAGACAGUUUGGUCUUCACCAAACAGUUCCUGCACCUUGUGAUAAUGAAAAAGCUCUUCAUUCUAUUGACAAAAGAGGCAAAUCAGUGUAUGAUUGGUCAGCACGUCAUAGUCGACACAUUGAGUUGUGGGAGGCACGUGAGUCAUCUGUUGUUCUCGGUGAGCCAGAGUGUUGCCCAAUGGACUAUAAUGAUCCUUAUAUGGAGUGGUACCGUAGAAUUACUAGAAGAAUUAUUAGUCCUAUGAACGAGAGGCGCCCUGGGCAAUUUUUACCCACUGGUUUUGCUUUCCAAGUGCUUGUUCAGAGAGUUGCAGCCAUUCAUGCCCGAUCUAAGGCUUCGCUUGAAGAGGAGCUUACUGUUGACACCGCGAGGCAAACACUACAAGAUAUCGUGGAUAUGUGUGCAGGCGCCCUCCAACUCAACGCGCCUUUAGGCUCAUUAUCUAAUGGUUCUGUUUCUCAAGCUUCUACUCCAGGACCAUUUCUGAUGUUACCUCAACCCACUCCUACAAUGAUAUCGCAAAAGCCAUUGUCUGGAGAAAUAGUAUGCUUACCUUCGAGUGAAAUGGGAAUAGUUGAUGGUCUCUCAGCAGAACCUUUGGAAGGAAUGCCACCUGUUCAGGAUAUAGGAUGUGAGCAGUCUUUACCAUCAGUUUCCCAGAAACCUAUAUUCUGGCCUACGGGAGGCAAGCUUACAUUCAGUUGGAUAUGUGAUGUAAUGCUCGGCUUUGAUUGGUCGUCGAGGAAUCUCCCAGCUUGUGAAUUCUCAAAUGUUCUUCCUUUCAACGUCUUGGACGAGCUGGUUCUCUCUGCUUCCAAAAUCCUGAAAAAGGAGCCAAACUGUGUUAGGGUAGAUAGUAACAAAGCAAAGGUCGUUGUGGUCGGAGAUCUUCAUGGGCAGCUACAUGAUUUGCUGUUCCUUAUGCAGGAUGCAGGAUUCCCAAAUGGUGAUCAGUUCUACGUGUUCAAUGGGAACUAUGUAAACAAUGGAGCAUGGGGGUUGGAAACCUUCUUACUUCUUUUAUCAUGGAAGGUUUUUCUACCGGAUAGAGUGUAUCUUCUACGUGGAAGUCACGAGACCGAGAGUUGUACAUCACUGUAUGGAUUCAAAAAUGAACUAUUAACCAAGUAUGGAGAUAAAGGAGCAGUUGCCUACAAAAAGUGCUUGGAAUGCUUCCAGUUUCUCCCUUUGGCAUCUGUGAUUGGUGGGAAGGUAUUUACAGCUCAUGGAGGUCUUUUCCGUGAUGUAUCAACCUUUCUCUCUAAUAAACAAGAACGAAGCAGAAAGCGCAAGCGAUCUCAGAAACAGCAAGCGGAUAGUAAUGUUCUGGAGAGUGAAGGCAGAUCUGAGUGCUUGCCCCUUGGCUCAUUGAAGGAUUUACUCAAAGUGAAAAGGCGUGUUAUAAAUCCUCCUGCUGCAGGUUCAAACUUGGUUCCUGGUGACAUUCUUUGGUCAGAUCCAUCGAUUGAUAACGGACUCUUUCUUAACAAAGAGAAUGGCAUUGGUUUGUUGUGGGGUCCUGACUGCACCGCAAAGUUCCUGCAAGACAAUGAUCUAAAGUUGAUCAUCAGAGGGAAGGAAGCCCCUCACGAAAGGGCAAAACGGGAUGGUCUUCCACCAAUGGACGAAGGAUACGCAAAUGACCAUGAAGGCCUUAUAACUUUGUUCAGUGCUCCUGAUCAUCCUCAGUUUCAGGAUACAGAGGAGAGGCACAACAACAAAGGUGCCUACAUAAUCUUACAAAUCCCAGAAUGUGAAGAACCUGAAAUUCAUGUGUUUGAAGCAGUAUCUCCGAGACCAAAGGCUGAGGCGUACUACGACUAUAAAAGCAUAAUUCAUUCAAGGGGAAAUUCAGUACACAACAAUAGUGUUGAUUCACCAUUCUCAACGCCUGAUGAUGACAAAGAUAGUUUACUAUCCUCUGAGAAUGUAGAAUAUAAAUCCAUGGAUCUCUCUGAAUCGAUGGAAGUUGAUGAAAGAGAUGAUGACCGUUCGAAGUGCUCAUAUUCUACAACUGAUGAAGUUACAGCUUUUGGCACUCUAGCAGCUACUGAUAGGGAUAUUGUUGAUUCUUCAGAAAAGUCUGAAGAUGGUUCCAAAGAAGAUGACCGUUCCAAGACUGCAGAGAUUAGUAAAGAUUUAUCUAAACCAGAAUCUCCCAGCAGAGCACAAACUGUGUUUGAAGCUCCUAAUGUCAUUGAUAUGGAACCGCCACUAGCUUGUAAACUUCAUGUGCUUGAUUCUGGAAACUCCGUAGAGCCAAUAGCAUUUGAUGAAAUUGCUGGCGAAUCUGAAUCCAGAAACGGAGAAGAAAAUGAUGUAGAAGCCCCCAACUCUUGCAAGAUUUCGGAAGAGAAAGAGGAAAAAGCAAGAAAGAGCGACUCUCUUGAGGUGUCAAAUAAUGAAACUGAAGAAGAGGCUCCAAGAGAAGAUGACUGCUGUGAUGCAGCAAUGGAAGUAGAAAUCACAUAUGAUGAGAAUCCUGAAAGUGCAGUAACUGAAAUCAUAGGGAACGAUAUAGCUGAAUGUCCGACUGACAGGAACAGAGACAUAGCCACCGAUGGUGCUGAGAAGUCGGAACUUUCAACCAGCAAACUCAAUUAUUCAGAGCACAAUGAAGAUAUGGUUGAACUUAGUGUGGAAGACAUAGCCACCAAUGGCACUGAUUCUGAUCCAGGUACUCUAAAUGGUGGGGUCAUCGCAGAUUGUACCAGCUUGUCUAAAUGUCUAAUCAGCAAGCCAGGUGGGUCUGAGCCAGUGGUGGGUCAUGAUAACCUUACAAAUGAUACGAAAUCUUCUCGUGACAAGGAUCAUGGAGAGCCUGCAGAUAAGUCAGGGAGAGUAGUAAAAUUGGUUACGUAUUCUAAGCGUAAGUCAUCUGACAAAAAACAAAUGGUUGAUUCUAGUGAAGAUCUACAGCAGAAAACCAACGAGGCUGCUCUUGACAAGUCGCACUUGGUUCCAAGAGAUAUGGACUCUUGAAGUCUUAUUUUCUUUCCAGUAGAGGUUUCGCAACAUUUCAUUUCCAAGACGGGUAUCUUCUUUCCGUGAGCAAGACUUCAAUAUGAUUGAUAUACUCCAAAGUCCAUAGCUUUGUCACACACGUCUUGAGUUUUGGUUGUAUCCUCAAAAGCCAAUGUACAGGGACCAUUAUAGCCUAGCUUGCCAAAUCCAUCUUUGCUAAUUCAAGUUUAGAUGUUAGAUAGUUUGAUUAGUCGGUAGGAGAUAAUGUGGUAUGUGUAAACCUGAUUAUCUAUCUAUCUGUUCUUGAAUUUAGUUUUCUCAGUUAAAUUUUUGCUGUACUUCAAGAUUUUGGUAAAGUGGAUCUUUUGUAAUUUUGUUUUCUAUAUUUAAGAAAUAA